AUGUUGGAACUCAACUCAACAUUCGAUGAUGUGAGACACUUCUCUUGUGUCUCGCUGUGUCUCAGGGCAAACAAGACAUGUUACAGCUAUAUGUUUAACGAGACAUCGAGAGAAUGCCAUUUGGGCUCCUGGGUUGUCCCAUCUCGUACUUUAAACAGCACCAUACAGGGAAAACUUUACUCAGUUGGCAAAUACUGCAACACAAACAAAACAGUUUCCUUACAACCUGACGGCAAUCUAUCCAAAUGUGACAUUUGCUCUUGUACAGGCGAUUGCCUAAGUCUUGGUAAACUUGAUGUCCUUGGCCCUGUGACGUCACCAGUCUACGAGUCCUGCCGGGAUGUUGUGACCUCUGACCCCCGACCUGUGGUGACACUUACAUCCGGGCUAGUCGUCAUGUGUGACACAGUCUCUGACGGCGGUGGAUGGACCAUCUUCCAAAGACGUUUUUCCCCACUUUUAAGUUUUAACCGUGGCUGGGACGAAUACAAAUACGGGUUUGGUAACGCAUCGAUGGGGGAAUUUUAUUUGGGGAAUGAAAAUAUCUAUUUCCUUAUGACUCAAAAGAAAUACGAACUAAGAAUAGAUUUCACUGACGAUGUUAAUAAAACAUACGUCGCCAAGUAUUCCAGCUUUCAAAUUUUAUCUGAAUGUAACAACUACAGACUGUUAAUAAGUGGGUACUCUGGCAACUAUAGGGACAGCCUGCCCGCUCAUAACAACAUGAGUUUUAGCACGUAUGACAGGGACAACGACAUAUCAAGCGGCAACUGCGCUCAGAGUUUUCAUAGCGGGUUCUGGUUCUUUAAUUGCUUGAAUGCAAACCUGAAUGGCGUGUAUGGGAACUGGUUUGUCGAUGGGAUUUACUGGGACUACGUCAAUAAAAUUUACUUCACUGAGAUGAAGAUGAGAGCUAAAAUUUAG